UCUCCCUGGAAACCACCUUUCUCUAGUGUCUGGGAUCACUUCCUCCGUUCCUCUCUGCCUCUGAUUGGAGCAGGUUAAGUCAGUGGGCGGUCCUUUGGGAUAGGGGCGAGGCUUCCUUUUUGGGCCGUGGGCUCCCCUCGCGUGAACGUGUUGACGUCACACUGGACGCUGCAGCCGUGUCGCCACGCCUCUGCAUCCCCAACUGAGACCAUUUGUAGCUGGGGUUGCUCUUCUGAGGGACGCGAGGGGUAUCCCUCGAGGUCCAGCAGCUUCUGUAGUUCCCGUGCGGUCCCGGCGCUGCGUCGGUGCCACCAUCAUGGACCUACAUUUAAACCGAGCGGAUUAUCUACAGGUGGGAGUGACCUCUCAGAAGACUAUGAAGUUACUUCCUGCCUCAAGACAUAGAGCUACACAAAAGGUGGUUAUUGGAGAUCACGAUGGGGUAGUUAUGUGCUUUGGCAUGAAGAAGGGAGAAGCGGUGGCAGUGUUCAAGACUUUACCGGGGCAGAAGAUUGCAAGAUUGGAGCUAGGAGGGGUUAUUAACACACCCCAGGAGAAAAUUUUUAUUGCUGCAGGAUCUGAGAUUAGAGGCUUCACAAAGAGAGGAAAACAGUUCCUCUCUUUUGAAACAAACCUCACUGAAAGCAUUAAAGCUAUGCAUGUAUCUGGCUCAGACCUCUUUCUCAGUGCAAGCUACAUCUAUAACCAUUACUGUGACUGCAAAGACCAACAUUAUUACCUUUCUGGGGACAAAAUCAAUGAUGUCAUCUGCCUUCCAGUGGAAAGAUUACCUAGUAUAACACCGGUAUUGGCAUGCCAGGACAGAGUGCUCAGAGUUUUACAGGGCUCUGACGUGAUGUAUGAAACUGAAGUUCCUGGGCCACCUACUGUUUUAGCACUACACAAUGGAAAUGGCGGUGACUCUGGAGAAGACCUUUUGUUUGGAACGUCAGAUGGAAAACUUGGGCUUAUUCAGAUUACUACCUCCAAACCAAUACACAAGUGGGAAAUUCGAAAUGAGAAAAAGCGGGGAGGUAUUUUGUGUGUUGACAGCUUUGACAUUGUGGGUGAUGGGGUUAAAGAUUUACUUGUUGGGAGAGAUGAUGGAAUGGUGGAAGUGUAUAGUUUUGACAGUGCAAAUGAGCCUGUUCUACGAUUUGAUCAGAUGUUGUCUGAAAGUGUCACAUCUAUCCAAGGUGGUUGUGUAGGGAAAGAAGGCUAUGAUGAAAUUGUGGUAUCCACAUAUUCAGGCUGGGUUACAGGUCUGACAACAGAGCCUGUACAUAAGGAAAGUGGACCAGGAGAAGAAGUAAAAAUUAAUCAGGAGAUGCAAAAUAAAAUUUCUAACUUAAGGAGUGAGCUGGAACAUCUGCAGUAUAAGAUACUACAGGAAAGAGAGAAAUAUCAACAGUCUUCCCAAUCCAGCAAAGCAAAAUCAGCAGUACCUUCAUUUAGUAUAAAUGAUAAGUUUACAUUAAAUAAAGAUGAUGCCAGCUACAGCCUCAUCUUAGAGGUGCAGACAGCAAUAGAUAAUGUCUUAAUACAGAGUGAUGUUCCAAUAGAUUUACUUGAUGUGGAUAAAAAUUCUGCUGUUGUCAGCUUUAGCAGCUGUGAUUCUGAGUCAAAUGACAACUUUCUUCUCGCCACUUAUCGGUGCCAGGCAAAUACCACAAGGCUGGAACUCAAGAUUCGUUCAAUUGAAGGCCAAUAUGGCACGCUUCAAGCAUAUGUGACUCCAAGGAUUCAACCCAAAACCUGUCAGGUCCGCCAAUACCUUAUCAAACCCCUUUCACUCCAUCAAAGAACUCACUUUAUUGAUCAUGACAGACCAAUGAACACACUGACUUUAACAGGCCAGUUCAGUUUUGCUGAAGUUCACUCCUGGGUGGUUUUUUGCCUGCCUGAAGUUCCUGAAAAACCUCCAGCAGGAGAAUGUGUGACAUUUUAUUUUCAGAACACUUUCCUGGAUACACAACUUGAAAGCACCUACAGGAAAGGAGAAGGAGUUUUUAAAUCUGACAACAUUUCUACUAUAUCCAUCCUAAAAGAUGUGCUCUCUAAAGAAGCUACAAAAAGGAAAAUUAACCUCAACAUAUCAUAUGAGAUAAAUGAAGUAUCAGUCAAACACACUUUAAAGCUAAUCCACCCAAAGCUGGAGUACCAGUUGCUUUUGGCUAAGAAAGUUCAAUUAAUUGAUGCUUUAAAAGAAUUGCAGGUUCAUGAAGGAAAUACAAACUUUCUGAUACCAGAAUAUCGCUGUAUUCUAGAAGAGGCAGAUCAGCUACAGGAAGAAUACAAAAAGCAACCUGCACAUCUGGAAAGACUCUACGGCAUGAUCACCGAUCUUUUCAUAGAUAAGUUCAAGUUCAAAGGCACCAAUGUAAAAACCAAAGUACCUCUUUUACUGGAGAUUCUGGACAGUUCUGAUCAAAAUGCAUUGAUUGCUUUCUUUGAUGCUGCCUGAAAUAGAUAAACAAGGUAAAGUUCCAGAGUUGUCUUUUUAUACAAAAUAUGUUAAAACAGAAAUACAGGACAAGCUAACUAUACAUACUUUUAUUUCAAAUCCUUUUUAAUAUCAUCUAAAAAUAUUUAAGAUGGGACUUCUUUUAGCAAUGCUUCUAUUUUGAGAAAUGGAGCUUUUUAGAAAUAAAGAGAAUUUUUAUAUUAAAACAAGUGGAAUGAUUAUAAAGGACUUUAAUGAUUUUUUU